UUUAGUUACUUUUAUGAGGUUAGGUUAUGCGUAGAGUCAAACGUCAAUGUCAAUACGGGAAUUAUUAUUGUAAAUUCAAUAAUAUUCUAUAAAUAAUAUACCGGUAAUGGUUUAUUGAAUUUCAAAUAAGUAUCAGACAAAUAGUUUCUCAAGUUUAUUAUGACAACACUUUUGAUAAAUAAUAUCAAUGAGCGCAUUUUUCGUAAGUUUGGCCGGCGGAUUUUAAAAUUUAUCAACUGAAUAAUUGGGAUAAAUUUCUGUGUUAUGGAUGGAUUGUAUUUGCCAUUGUUUGCAUUCGUAAUCUUCCACUGCAGUUUGUACCUUUUUGAUACAAUAUUCAAGAGCUGUCUUUUCCUGCCAUACCUGCACCUGUUGAAGAACACCGGACUGGUGAUCCAGCCGUUCCGCCUGGUGUGGUUCACGACCGCCUUCAACCGGCUGAUCCAGAAAUGGGGCUCGGUGCGGCCCCGCCUGCUCACGGCCUGGUUCACAGUGGGCACAUGGACCGCCAUGGCCCUCCUGCCCUAUGCCGUGUGGCUGCUGCUGCAUUCUGUCUUCCAGCUCACCAAGCAGGCCAUACGAGAUGACGGUUCACCGUCUUCAGAUAGUGUCAUUCUUCAGCCCGUGGUACCUGGUGUAAAUCUUCCAAUCACUGAUCUGGGUUAUUACAUGAUAACUCUGUUAUUCUCCACCGUCAUACAUGAAAUGGGGCAUGCUAUUGCUGCAGUAAGAGAGGACGCGCACAUAGCGGGCGUGGGCGCUAUGCUGGUGUUGGUGGUGCCAGUGGCUUACGUGUCCAUAGAGCAGCUGGAGACUCUGUCACCGGUGAAGCAGCUGCGCAUCCUGUGUGCCGGCAUCUGGCACAAUGUGGUGCUCAUCAUCGCCGCCUCUCUCGCCCUCUUCCUGCUGCCCUGGGUCGUCUAUCCGCUAUACGACCACGGCACGGGUGUGCAGGUCCAGUCUUUAGACAAGGGUUCGCCAGUGACAGGCCCUACUGGACUGUUGGUCGGGGACAGAAUAAUCCAACUGAACCAAUGCCAGGUGACAAAUGUGCAUGACUGGCUCAGCUGUCUUGUGACAUCGUUCAGAGAGCCUUCGCCAGGCUUUUGUAUAUCGGCUGAGUUCAUCAAGGAGCAUGAUGAAUCCAUCCCAGCGAAACACAUGUCAAGCGGUGCAGUGGAGUGCUGUGCUAGCAACAACCCACGCCACCUGUGCUUUGAGUACCUGGAGAGCGAGUCAGAGCCUCUGCAGCUGCCGCAGCACUCGUGCCUCAACGCACGCACUGUGGUCGAGGCAGCACAGCAGCUGUGCCACAAGCCUGCCUCAAGCGAAGCUAACCCAGAAUGUGGCUUCAACUACCACUGCUUUCGACCGUCGCUCGAAAACAACACGAAACUGGUGCUGCUGAAACGAGCCAACGGGCGAGAGGUUUUGUUCCUCGGCCACCCGUCCGACAUCUACCACACAGUGCACGUUACCGAUUUCAUCAGUGUCUACUCAAUAUUUCCGUCCAUACUGCCCGAAAUGUUCGCGCAACUGUGUCGCUUUUUGAUCAUGUUUUCGGCCGGGUUCGCAGUGAUCAACGUGAUACCUUGUUUUGCGUUCGAUGGACAAAACAUCACUCGAGCUUUGAUGGACCUGCUGCUGUCAAAGACUGUGAGCCAUGCCAGUGUGAGACAUGCCAUCGCACUGUGCAUUACCAUAGCGGGCACUUUUCUUGUCGGACUCUAUUUGACGCUAGCCGUGUGGAUUAUGUUGUGACCUGAGUGCCAGCUGGAUCAAGUGCUUUGCCAAGGCUGGUAGAUUACACGAUCUCGAGUUGAAAAAACAUAAUAUAAAUCGGUUUCAAAUAUGUUUGAUCAUAGCUAUCAUUAUGGAAUGUAACGUAGAUGUCUGGCUAUAUCGAAUACUUUGUCAAUGGUGGUAGAUUACACGAUCUAUGAGCUCAGAAUUUCCAAAAAAAACCUUGUGAAAUAUGUUUGAUUGUGGGUACCAUUGUGACAUACAUGUAUUUAAGUGAGGUAUAGUAUGUAUAUUACAGUAUAGUAUUUGGAUAAGUGAUACUGUUUUUUUGUGAUUGUAAGGGUAACACUAUGUUAAUGUAUUUGGCCCAGUUGCACAUAAGCCUGUUAAAUUUUAAUCGUUAUUAAAUUUCACGAGAACCAAUCAGAGAAGGUUUUUCUGAGCUUGGUUCUCGUAGCAUUCAAUCGGGAUAAAAGUUAACAGACUUUUGUGCAACCGGGUGUUAGAGUUAUAGACUGAGAAGAGCCUGCUAUUAAAAUAGAAUUCAUUAUGUAAAUUAAAAUGAUAAAAUCAAAUGAAGUUACUACAUCCGGACACAUACGUCGCGAAAUUCUAAUAUAAGUUUUAUUCAUGAAGGAAUAUCAGACCUUAUAAUCUAAAAAACUUGAUUUGAAAAAUGUUGCCAUAGAGACGUUCUGGUUAUUUAUUAAUACUGCAUAGACAAUUUCUGUUGUAAAAUAUAUCCAAUAUUAUCGAUAAAAGAAUUAACUGUAUAGUAAAAUUAAUAUUAAUGGUAAAAUCUUGUGAGGAGGCUGUGUGAAUUUUAUUAUUAAAAUAGUGACUCUUA